UCACACAUUUCACAUGACGUUCUCACGUGAUUGUGACGCACGAAGGAGCGGUUCCAUUUAUUUCUACCAGAUUUUUCCACGAAAACAUCGUACAUUAAUUGGAAUUAUCGUGCCAAAAUGGACAAGUGUGACUGUUCUAAAUCUGGAUCUUGUAACUGCGGGCAAAACUGCAAAUGCACCAACUGCAAGUGCGUACAUAGCAAGAAAAGUUGCGGCAGUUGUCCAUCUGAUUGCAGUAAGGGAACAAAGGACUGCGAGAGCGCAUGCAAGGACAAGGAGAAAUCGUGCGACACACACUGCUGCAAAUGAAAAUCUGGGAUAUGUGCUGCUGCAACACUGUGCUCCAUUAAUAAUGAUAUUAAUAUACAACAAAUCUUUCGUGUACUCCCGCAUUUGUUGUGAUUAUUGAUUAAAUUAAAGGAUGUACUUUGA